GAUCUCUGAACACGCCGCGCCUGCCAUCGUACAGCUGUCCAUCGAAGCCAUCGAACAUCAUCGAUUGCAGCGGUGGUGGCGAGACCAUGGCCGAGCUCGUCGCUGAAGUACCGCCGCUGCUGAGGGCUGACCAAGCCGAACAGCACUAUGCUAGUGCUGUUCGGACCGCGGUCGCUGCCUGCGCGGCCGACACGGCGGGCCAGACGUGUUUCAUUUGUAUGGACGGCAACGACGAAGAGGGCCUCGUGCGCGGGUGCGCCUGUCGCGGGGCGGCCGGAGUUGCGCACGUGUCGUGCUUGGCGCGGCAGGCCCAGGUCGCGGUCGAGCGCGCCCAUAGGGGGUGGAUGCGGUGGGACACGUGCGGCCUGUGCGAGCAAAAAUACCACGGCGUCGUGGCGUGCGCGCUUGGGUGGGCGUGCUGGAAGACGUAUUUGGGGCGGCCGGAGGAUGAUUGGGCUCGGGGGAGCGCGAUGACGCUGCUUGCCAACGGUUUAUCCGCUGCAGAACACCACGAGGACGCGUUGCUCGUGUACGAGGCCGAGUUGUCUAUGCUGCGACGCAAUGGCGCACCAGAGGACCGUCACGCAAUUCGUCACGCAAUUCUCGCCGUGCAGGGAAAUCUUGCGAACACGUAUCAAGCGCUGAAACGGCAUGAAGAGGCCCUGCGGAUGCGACGCGACGUCUACUCUGGAUAUUUGAAGCUUCACGGCGAGGAAAAUGAACAUACCCUCAUAUCAGCCAGCAACUACGCGGCGUCCGUUCUUCGGGUAAAGCGCUUGGAAGAAGCCAAGUCGGUGCUGCGCAAGACGAUGCCGGUGGCGCGACGCGUUCUCGGAGAGAAUGACGAGACCACACUCAGGAUGAGGUGGUAUUAUGCGGAGGCGCUCUACAAAGACAACGGCGCGACGCUCGACGAUCUCCGCGAGGCCGUGACGACGAUGGAGGAGAUUGAACGGACCGCGCGGCGCGUGUUCGGUGGCGCAAACCCGGUCACAGUGGGGAUUGAGCGCCGUCUGCGAAAAGCGCGAGCCACCCUCGCCGCCCGCGAGACGCCGUCGCCGGGGAGCGCGUAAAGACCAUCCUGAGC